GACUGGUCUCGCCUUGAGGAGGAGCGGACGGGGCCAUGUCGGCGGCGGACGGGGCCCGGGAGGGCGUCAGGGAGGGUCUAGGUGGUGCUGCGGGUAGCGGAGGCCUCCUCAACCGCUUCGUGCAGCUGCCGGGCAGGCCGCGCUCGGCGGGCCAUAGAUGUCCCCCAGCACGAAGUGGCCAUCGUUGCGUGGCAGAUAAUGCCAACUUGUAUGUGUUUGGAGGCUACAAUCCUGACUAUGAUGAGUCCGGUGGGCCAGAGAAUGAAGACUACCCGCUCUUCAGGGAACUCUGGCGGUACAACUUUGCUACAGACACCUGGCAUCAGAUGGGUACUGAAGGCUACAUGCCCAGGGAACUCGCCUCCAUGUCACUUGUAUUGCAUGGCAACAACCUGCUCGUGUUCGGGGGCACCGGAAUCCCCUUUGGGGAGAGCAACGGCAAUGAUGUCCACGUCUGCAAUGUCAAGUACAAAAGAUGGGCUCUGCUCAGCUGCCGAGGAAAGAAACCAAAUCGAAUCUAUGGCCAGGCCAUGGCCAUCAUCAAUGGUUGUCUCUACGUGUUUGGAGGAACAACUGGUUACGUUUACAGUACUGACCUACACAAGCUAGACCUCAACACUAGAGAGUGGAUCCAGCUGAAACCCAACAAUAUGUCCUGUGACAUGCCAGAGGAGAGGUACAGACAUGAAAUCGCUCAUGAUGGUCAACGGAUUUAUAUCUUGGGAGGCGGAACUUCCUGGACAGCUUAUUCCUUAGAUAAGAUCCAUGCGUACAACCUUGAAACCAAUACCUGGGAGGAAAUUGCCACAAAACCUCAUGAAAAAGUUGGUUUCCCAGCAGCCAGAAGAUGCCAUAGCUGCGUUCAGAUAAAAAAUGAUGUGUUCGUUUGCGGAGGCUAUAACGGAGAAGUGAUUCUGGGAGACGUUUGGAAGCUGAAUCUGCAAACUUUCCAGUGGGUCAAGCUCCCAGCUGCCAUGCCAGAACCAGUGUAUUUUCACUGUGCUGCUGUUACACCGGCCGGCUGCAUGUAUGUUCACGGAGGGGUGGUCAACAUCCACGAAAACAAACGGACUGGCUCUCUCUUUAAAAUGUGGCUGGUGGUACCCAGCUUGCUGGAACUGUCGUGGGAGAAGCUCCUGGAAUAUUUCCCUCAUCUAGCCACUCUCUCCAGAUCUCAGCUUUUGCACCUUGGACUGACGCAGGGACUCGUUGAGCGGCUAAAAUGAGAACAUCUCGUGCUUCUGUCUGAGACACACUACGUUCAAGAAGCCCCCUCCUACCCCCUAUUUAUGGAUACGGUGGAUGGUCUUGCUAAGAAUAUGGAGGAACCCGCUCAACGCCUUACUCAGCUAAUACAUCGAUGCCUUUCUAGAAAUUUUUACUUUUAAGUUGUUAAAAAAAAAAAAUCCACUUUUUAUUUAUGGAUCUCUAAAUUACACCAUUAAUCAAAAAUGUUCUCUGGGACUAAUCCAUAACAUCCAGCCAUCAAACUGUCAUCAGCACAUGCUUGCAACUUAAUUGGGGAGGGUGGGGAGCUUAGCGAAUGUCUGAGCCCACGCUUACAUGUGGCGCAUUCAACUUAAUAUUUUCACAAGAUGUAUCUAACGGAGGACACUCAAUGCAGAGCGACAGCCGACCCGUUCUUUUGCUUUGGAUAACACUCAUCCCCCUAACGCCCAGCUGAGCUCUCCCUCUGGAGAACUGAGAACUGCUGCAGCUCGAAGGCUUUGCAUGUAUUUCAUGGGCAUGUUCCCCUCUCUUUGAGCUUCAGAAGACGUCUGGAACGUCGCACGGGGCAGUGAGCGAAGCUUUGCCUGUGCAGCUUUUCUGGUGCAGUGUUGCAGUGAUUUGAAACACCCCGUGUCUGUGUUCCUCACCUUUUCAUAUUGAAAGGUUUGCUUGGAAGACUGGUUAAAAGUUGCCACUUAACGGACUACUGUGUAGUUUACUCGGUGUGGUGAGGGGGAGGGAAAAGGUUUGGCUGAAUCUUUUUUAACCCUUUCCGCUCACAUUGCACUCUGAACGAGCUAACUGCAGAAUCUCACCCCGUAGAUUUCAGAGCUGUCUUUGAACCUGCAGCACGUUCUCCCCCGCGCUUGGGUGCAAACCGCUCCUGUCAGCUCAGUCCUGGGUAUCAGCCUCCGACUCUAACGUGGACCUGUAAGCUUUGUGUUUUCUUCCCUCCCACACAUCACGCGUUGGCCUUUUUCUGGUUCGCUUCAUGUUCCUCCAGGGCUGAGGGAUGUUUUGCUGCGCGUGGUUUUCAUGUCGAUCCUCAGAUCACUCAUCCCAGGAACCACAGCAUAAAAGAAGGGGAGAGGGAACACCUCUCCGUCCUGCUGUGGGCAGUGGUCAUCUCUGCAGAGGUGGGAGAGGAAGGGAUGUCCAUCUCUUGUCUCGCUGUGCUCCACAGAGUAUGAAGUCAGCUCUAGAGACGAUGUCUAAGUGACCAUUGAACUCUGGGCAGCUCUAUGGGGCAGGUAUCAGGUUUGUGCAAAAUCCUUUUCAUUUGAAGACCAUUUUUAAGUGCCUUUUUUUUUUUUUUUUUUUUUUUUUUAAAAUCAGCUUCUCCUAGUACCCUCCCCUUCCAUCAUGAAAGGCAAAGGUUAGACUCUGGGCUUUUAGUUUCUUUUUAAGAGAUUGCAUUUAUGUUUAAAUAAACCAUAGCACUGUCUUCAUGUUGUUAAUGUGAACAGCGCUGGCUGAUUGAGUCACUGCCACCCAUCUUAGGGGGCACCUACUCCUGUUCUUAAACGGCCCCUGUUCUUGGGGAUAGAUUACCCCCCGCCUUCUGUAGCCUCAGUUGCUGGGUUUUUUUGUUUGUUUGUUUUUUUAAGGCCAAGAAAAAUAUAGGUUGCGCAUCACAUCUGAAUUGUUCUCUGGUGCUCUGGACCACAGACAGAGGUGGCAGCUGCUUGCAGGUCCGUUGUAUCUGCCCCCUUUGUGGGACAUGCAGCUUCACUGGGCAAAGCUGGGCUCCUUGGCUGCCAUGCCUGGCUUUCACACCCACCCCCCAGCUCUCUGGAAGGUGUCAUCAUCCCAUUUCAACCCCUUCCAAGGCUCCCUGGCUGCUCGCUGCAGCAUCCCACUGCUCCCGGCUCAGGGGCUGACCCCAGACCCCGGUGGCAGCUGUGGGCUGGAGAAGUGCUGGCUACCUGUCCCGCCUGGC